CCGCCAUCUUCCAGGUAGCGUUUUUUCCAGUAAAUCACAGUCAUGACCAACACAAAGGGAAAGAGGAGGGGCACCCGCUACAUGUUUUCUAGACCCUUUAGAAAACAUGGAGUUGUUCCUUUGGCCACGUACAUGCCGAUUUAUAAGAAAGGUGAUAUUGUAGACAUAAAGGGAAUGGGCACUGUUCAAAAAGGAAUGCCCCACAAAUGUUACCAUGGAAAAACUGGAAGAGUCUACAAUGUUACCCAGCAUGCUGUUGGCAUUGUUGUAAAUAAGCAAGUCAAAGGCAAGAUUCUUGCCAAGAGAAUUAAUGUUCGUAUUGAGCAUAUUAAGCACUCUAAAAGUCGAGACAGCUUCCUGAAGCGGGUGAAGGAAAAUGAUCAGAAAAAGAAAGCAGCCAAAAAGAAAGGAACUUGGGUUCAAUUGAAGUGCCAGCCUGCUCCACCCAGAGAAGCACACUUUGUGAGAACCAAUGGAAAGGAGCCUGAGCUGCUGGAACCCAUUCCUUAUGAAUUCAUGGCAUGAGAAGCAUUUUUUAAAAAUAAAAGAUCUCUGAACUAAAAAAAAAAAAAAAAGAAAAGA